AUGGCCUGCCCUAUAACUGUCACCAAAUUUGUUGGGACCGUGUCUCUCGGUCUGCUGACGGGCAUGUCUUACUCCAAUGCCUCAAUCACCAUCCCAGCUCUUAAGCUCCUCCCCUCCUCCACCGCUGCCUCUCGCUGCCUCAAUGAAGUGAAGCGCCUAAGCCGCAAGCAUGCGCUGCGCCUGUCCAGCUUGACCAAUACAUGCAUUCUCUUCGCCUACUCUAUCUCUCCACCCCGCCGCCAACACCCAUACCUCAUCUGGAUGUGCGUGGUCUCGACGGUCAGCUCGUAUGGUCUUGAUUUGUUCUUCAACCGACACAUGGGGCUCAAGAAUUGGACCCUUGCCACCAUCCAAGACACUACCGGUCUGAGCCUUGGGCUCACGCCCGUUUCCAAGGAAGAUGACUUAGUGAUGGUUGACGCCGAGGAAGACGUCAAUGGCGAGAGCGUGCAGCGUGAAAUGGACCGGGAGCGCCGGUUGCAACGUGUGCGGACCUGGCUGGCUGGACUUGCGCUGUCAAUGGGCAUUGUUGGUCUGUGGGGAGAUAAGAAGUGA